UAUAUACUCUACUCAGUACUAUUAAUAGUUCUACCUCGUCAGCUAUGAAGUUCUCAGUGUUUUCUCUUGCCAGCGUUGUCACUGUGGCACUCCAAUCUGCUACAAUGGCAGCCGCCAAGCCCACCUUCCAUGUGUUUGGCGACUCACUAUCCGACAUCGGGACCCUGAAGCUGCUUACGCUCGGGAUUGUUCCGCCACCACCCUACUGGAAUGGGCGCUUCAGCUCCGGACCUGUCUGGAACGAAUACCUUGCACUGAAGCUUGGGUACAAUCUGUACAACAGGGCCAUCGGUGGAGCGACCUCGGUUAAUAACCAGACGGCUACGCUUGCCAACGGCGACAUACUUCAGGUCCCCAGCUCUCAAGACCAGAUCAACUACUUCAAGUUUUUGCAUCCGCUGUACAAACUCGAUCCCUCACGCAGCGAUGACAUUGCUGCUCUUAGUGGAAAGCUCGCACCAGAAGCGUUUGCAACCAAGCUUUCAGAUACGAUUGUUGGUCAGCUCGAACAGCUGAAGGAUAUCGGGUUCAAGAACAUCAUCGUUGGUAAUGUCGCUGCCAUUCAGGAAACGCCGCUGGCCGUGAGCUCGGGCACGGUUGAAGCUGCAAAGGCAACGAUCCCUCUCACCAACAAGCUGAUCCAGCAAAAGGCGAGUGCGUGGGCAAAGACCGCUGGGCUGACCCUGUUUUCGGUUGCGGAUCUUGGUGCCUUUGUGCAGCUGACAAUCAAGCAGUCUCUCUCAAGUGCACUGGGUCUUGUCACGACUACCAAGCCGUGUGUCAACCUUGAGAAACUGGGCGAGUAUUUUAGUGACGGAAACAUCCUUCAAGGCCUUAUCGACCUGCUAACAAACCUGGGCGAGGUUAUCUGCAACAACCCGACUGAGCACUACUUCAUGGACCCCGUGCACCCUGCUGAGCGUGUGCAGCGGCUCUUUGGCUACUACAUGUACGAGGCCAUCCACGCGCUGCGCAGUGGCAGCUCCUUCGACCUGAAUGAGGCCAACCUGCUUUCGCUCAUUGGAAAGUUUGGCCUCAACACCGCUGCCCCCAAGCCGGCUGCUAUAUAAUCGGACAUAGUAGCUGCUCGCUGUUUAAUGUAUUUAGUUAGCAGGCACCUGCUACGCUAAAAUUUAUAGCUUCGAUUUUGCGCGGAUGCUGGUUCCUGGCGCCACGUAGUCAAUCUUAUUUGAGAAUUCGAACGGCUCGUACUCUUUGUCAGUGUCUGAGGCCCGUACAACACCCUCUUGGGCAACCGAGGCAACCAUGACUCCGUCGCGGCGGUAGAUCCUGCCGACAGCAAAUCCACGGCCGCUUGCAGCCCGCGGGCUCUCCAUGACAUACAGCAGCCAGUCGUCAGCACGGAACGACUCGUGGAACCAAAUGGUAUGGUCGAGGCUGACAACCAUGCCCAUGCUGGGACGCGGGUUAGUCGGGUUGUUGAUGUGCGGCUUUGAUGCGGUGCUAAUUAGGCCGAAAUCAGUGGCAUAUGCCAGCAUUGCCUGGUGGUGGG